CGCCUUCGAUUCAAGAUGAUUUCGUCAAACUUUUCGGACGUGUAUGAUCUGUGCACAACGACUUACAAUGUUACUCCAAUCCUUCCUGGAAAAGCAUUGUCUCCUCCACAGCUGUCUUUACUAUCAACUUUAUCUUUAGCUGCGAAGUCUCUCGAUACCCCUCAGAUUUUGCUACCAAUUAUCGAAUCCCCAAAUGCCCAAUGGACACUUCUGUCUCUUAUCCUCCUUGCCACGCCUUUCGUCCUUGUCUACAUCACAACAUACCUAUCAUACACUGCUCAGGUCUCAAGCAAUGAGCCCAUCAAAUCGCCACCAACUGUUCCCUACAUAACACCGUUUCUCGGAAGUGCAGUCGAUUUUGUGCUCAAUCCUAAGAAAUACGUUACCGGCAUGAAAAACCUAGAUGUCUAUGGCAUCAAACUCGCGAAUUACAAGAUCUUCCUUUUACGUGGGCCUGAGCUGAUUCAAGCAAUAUGGAGAUACAAGGGGGUUAUAACGUCGCCUGCUCAUCAGGCAUUCGUCCUUAUCGGGGUAUUUGGAAUGAACCCCAAAGCAGUUCAACCUUACCACCUCGACGAUUCGGGAUUACAAGUAAACCCCCAUCCGAAGAGCAAUGUAGCACCUCACAACCGCAUCGACCACUUAACCCACGUUGGUUUCAUGAAACUUCUCACCGGAGAUGGUCUUUCCAAGCUCUACCAACGCUGGGCUCAAGAGUUCAACCGUCGUCUCCAAGCUCUGGCUAUUGGAGACGAGUGGGGCCCCGAAAUUCCGGAUAUCAUGGACUACUGGCAAAUGCCAUUGACGGCUUCUAUGAACGUGGCUUUGGCUGGUCCACUCCUGGAAUGUAUAAAUCCCGAUUUCACAAGGGAAUUCAACGAGUUCCUUACCUACGUCCACCCACUCAUCAAGCGUGUGCCUCGCUGGUUGAUCCCCAGAGCAUUUAGACUCCGCAAAAAGCUCGUUGGGAACGUUAUGACAUGGCAGAACAUCGCGAGAUCCAGAGCCAGCCCCUCAGAUAUCGACACUGAGAGGGAUUACGACCCUUGGUGGGGUUCAGAAUGCUUCCGAGAGCGUCAGAAAUACCUCUCAAAAGUUGACGGUUGGGAUCACGACUCCCUUGCCAUUUCCGAUUUUGGGCUUCUGUGGGGAGCGAACAUCAAUGUGCACGCCGCCGCCAUCUGGACCAUCAUCGAGAUCUUCUCCGACGCCACCUUGCUCUCACGCGUACGUGCCGAGCUGCGCGCGGCCGACUUCCAAUCCUUCACCACCAACGCCGCCGUCGACAAACUGAUCUCCCUCCCCCUGCUGCAGUCCAUCUACUCCGAGGUGCUGCGCCUGCGCGUCGAGGUCCAGCACGUGCUCUACAGCAACCACGACGAGAUCCAACUCAACGAGUAUCGCUUCCCGCGCCGGCAAAUCAUCAUGGUGCCUUCGGGCCCCGCGCACAUGAACGCCGACGCCUGGAACACGCGCGAUGGCGAACACCCUCUCGACACCUUCUGGGCGGAUCGAUUCCUGGUGUAUCCAAACGAUCCCCUCAGCGGGCCGGCUCGCAAGUCCCCCUCCUCGCCUCCCUCCCCAACGUCGCCUACCUCCCCGACGACGACUAGCGAUCCUGGAAAACCGAAGUUCAAGGACUCGUCCGUCUCGGAUUCUUUCAUCCCGUAUGGCGUCGGCGAGCGCACGUGCCCGGGCCGCUUCUUCUCUAAGCGCGAGAUCAUCGCCUUCUGCGCUACUAUCGUGAACGAUUAUGAUGUGGAUCUUCUGACGAAGCAGAAGAAAUUCGAACACAGCCCGACUUUCUACGGCUUUGGGACGCAGCGGCCUGCGAGCCGGAUCCCGUUCAGGAUCAGGAAGAGGAAGGAAUAGACUUGGCUGCUGCUGCUUGUCCGGGGAGAACUUCACACCUCAGAUUUUUUUUUGUUUGCCU